ACGAAAAGAGGUGUGUCCCAGGCUGCUGUAACCGGGCAGGAGAGAACGUUGCGAACGUGCAGUCGCUCGCGAUUGGCCCAACCCGUUCUCCCGACUGCCCAGUCAGCGGCAGGGGAGCGAACGAGCCGAGGGAUGAGCGUGGGCAAGGGGCGGAGCUUCCCCUUGACCUGACUAUUUAAGGGCGGAACAGGGGGCUGGGAACGCAGUGCCAGGGAAAGGGUAGAGGAGGGAAGGGGUGCGCAAUACUUUAGAGUGGCCGUCUUUUUUUUAUUUUUUUACGCGUUGUUGCGGCUCGGGGUUCCUGCCGCUACUUCGGAGGCGCUUUUUUGCACACUCUCGCCACGCGACAGGCGUCCUGCAAGCUGAGUCGUUUCUCCGACCGCCGAUUCCAGCGACCCGCCUGCAAGCCCGGUGCUCGGUCGAGCUCGGUGGGGAGGAAGAUGCCGGUGUCUUGGGAGAGCUUCUCUUCGUUGCCCCCCAUUCCGGAGCAGAGAGAGAAUCCGGCGCCCGCCUUCUCCUGGGAGAAGAGCGCCUACCAAGAAGCAGCGACUCGUGCAGCCAGGCUGGAGAACUCCGACUGCGAGUCCCUGGACAGCAGCUUGAGCUCCGAAGGAGAUGCCCAGGAAUAUCUGGAUGAGGUGUCCUUGCCAGACUUCGAUUUGUUAAACGAUCCUGAGGAUGAGCUCUUGUGCGCCAAUCUCAUGAAGCUCAUCCAAGUCACUCUGAACAAAGCGAAGAUCUAUUCCAACCGUCCCUCCCGACUCUACAUGCCCGAUGAGCUGGUCACCCAAGUGAGCAAGGAGUUGCUUCACCUGGCUUACAGAGAGCCCUGCGGCUUGAGGGGAGCCCUCAUUGACCUGUGUGUGGAACAAGGAAAGGGGUGCCACAGUGUGGGGCAGAUCGCUGUGGAUCCAAGCCUGGUGCCUACCUUCCAGCUGACUCUUGUUCUGAGACUCGAUUCCCGCCUGUGGCCUAAAAUCCAGGGACUCUUUAGCUCAGGCUCGGCUUUCUCUCCAGGCUUCAGCCAGUCGCUGAAGCUCAGCACAGGCUUUAGGGUCAUCAAAAAGAAGCUGUAUAGCUCUGAACAGUUGCUCAUAGAGGAAUGUUGAAAGUGUCAUCUUCCUCUUAUGUUGGAUCAACUGAGUAUUUACUGAGUUGGGGCCAUUCCCAGCCAAAACUGGGGAGGUAUGUUACUUAAAGGGCUAUGGAACAUAAGCUGAUUUUCAAGAGGUGGUGUCUCUCUGGAGCCACAGUAGGUUAGAUUAGAUGGAAGUUUGAUUUACAGCAAUAGCAGGAGGUAGUCCGAAGAAGAGGCAGAAGGCAACGUUUGACAGUAAGAACAGCACUCUGCUACUUAAUCUGACCAGCAACAAAGCUCACUCCUGUGUAGGCCUGGAUACACUAUGCUAGCUUUAAAAUCCUUGUCUGCUGGUGGGAUGACUUUCUCUUACUGAUCUAGCAGUAUUUUUUUUUCCUGACAGCUGAUAAUUUUACAGCAGCAGGGCUGCCACUAAAGAUAGAUGAAGGUUGCCUUUUUUUCCUGUUGUUAAGCUUUUUUUAAAAAAAAAAACAAAUGGGAGAAAAAAGUAGAUAGUAAUCAAUGGAUGUCUGGUGAAAGUUGAGGUGUGUGAAUAAGUGUUAAUAAGUGUUAAGGUCUAAGGGACCAAGCAUGUGUAACAAUACAGAUGGAUGUGAAGAAGUUCCACUACUGACACUAGGGCAGCUAAAAGGAGGCAGCUAAAU